AUGAAUAUCACCGUGGCAAGUGAUGUCGAUGUGACCACUGAGAGGGUCACAACAUUCAGCGAGGCCUCAGAAGGCGAACCGUCGAUGACUGCAGUUGGAGAUCCUAUCGUGACCUCGGAGGAACCGACGAAUUUGAGUAUGUCCAUGGACACUUUAGGAGACAAAACUGUGGCGAUAGUUCUCCUCACUGUGAUACUCUGUGGCGCCUUCGUCAUCGUCUGCCUCCUCCUGGGAUGGACUACCUCCAUCGCCCACUUAAAGACUUCCUACAUAUCUCAUGAAUCUCAAUCACCAAUUCGAUGCUACUUCUUCCUCUCUCAUGCCACUUCCGUAAACGGCUCGUCGGACUUUCUGGGUCUUCCCGCACACAUAGCCUCGAAAUGA